GGAUGGAGGGAUUUAAAUAGAUUCAGCGACCUUGGCAAAGUCGGAUCUCAACAAGUCAACAGAACAUGAGAGGUCAUGGCACUUGGAUGGUCUCCAUGAGGAGAGAUUAACAAUCCCUUGUCGUGGGUUUGCCGGCAACUGCGACCUGUUCUGCUUUAGCUCGAGACCGUGACACGAGAUGAGCACCAUCAAAGCAGCUCCGGAGGAGCCCCAUGGUACAAAAACACACCGAAGGACUUUUCAGGACUCGUUUCUCACCUCGUCAGACUUUAACAGAACGCAAGAAGUUAAUCCCGGCGGUGAAGAUUGUCGGGGAAGAUUUUCGCAGAGUCCACACGGCAUCAGUCAAUUGAAGCAAGUGAUCCUACGAGCUGCAACGAGCCUCGAAUUGACUGAGGUCCGGAGAAAUUCACCCGGGCUGUUGGGGGUCCACUGGGUAAGAAAAACCUCGCCCAUACCCCUUUCAACAUCGAUAUGCAUGUUCCAAUUGUAACAGCCGCGUGUACAUGAGCCGAUUGAUUCUCUACCAAAUUGGCGAGCUGCCCGUCGAAUGAUGACGUGGUCUGGCCAGCAUGGCGACGAUGGAAACCCAAGGGUGACGGGCAGAUGAAGAUUUAGUGGCUUGUAAUUGGCGGAGAAGAUCGAGGUAACUUCUAGUGCAGCAGGUGCUUGCCAUGCGAAACUCAACUCGGGCUCCACUCACGUGACGACAGGGUUUAUCAGGGACUCGUUCUGUCACGCCGCUUUGCAUGGUCGACGUGGCAUGUCCCUUUCGAACCUUCAUCUUUUUGUCCAUGCCGACAAACUAGUCCUCAUCUCCCCAUCUUUCUACUCACUUUCAGUACAGUACUGUACUUACUACACUGUACCUCGACUCACGACCGCAACCCCUCACUGAACCCCCUCCUGCAAAUUCUUGUCAUAAACCACCGUCACAAUAUACUUCGUACGAGGUACAUGCUGCUGACUCAACAUUGGUUGUGACCCUCGACUGGUUGGGUACUGUCCUUAUCCCACAGCCCUCUUUCUCCUUUUGCAUUCUUACACCCGUCUCUACAAGCCCCUCGUCCCCGGAAGCAUAGGAAUCGUCCAACUGCGACGGAACCUUAGUCUACUUGGAGACAUGGAUAUACUGUAUCCCUCAUUAAGUGUGACAUCCGAUACGUGGUUACCAGAGGAUUUUCCGCUCGACAUGUCACACUCGAUAUGCCCGGCCCGGGCGUCGCUUUGAGAAUCAACAGACAUCAAGUAUGGAUUGAUCGAGUGCUCAUCAAAGGCAGCAGAGAUUCCCCAUUAAGGCCGCUACACUGGAGCGAGACGAAGUGUUCUGCUUUUCAGAAAGUGUAGACAUGCUUCUCCACAGUCAUGGACAGAAGAUUCAAGCUCGGAAAUAUAUUGCGCAAUGUGCUCAAAUGCAGCAUGGAUAACUGUUCAUUUUAUAUUACUCUAUUUGAACUAGUCCUCCCCCUCCACGGGCUCGUUAGUGGAAUGUAUGAUCUUUCUCGAAAAUCAAGCCCGCGACAAGUCAUUUAAAAAUG